AUGUAUGCUUCUCCCGCUGCAUUCCUGGAAGUGGACGAACGUACGAUCGAGUGGCUUGUGUCGGCUAAGCUCUGCACCAUCAAAGACGUCCUUGAUUUCGCCUACAGGCAUGCAAAACUUCGUACCUUUCGAUUCUGCCUUCAGCAAUGGGAAAGGACGCCAGCACGCCCCAUGGAUCAGUUGGGACAGGCUUCCCUCUCUUGGCCGAAGGGAAGCUUAUUCGCAGUGGAUGCUGAUUGGACGGAAUUCGUUAAUAUCCUCGUAUCAAAAGGAUUUGCCAUCAAUGAAGAUGCCCUCGCUGGCGCUUGCGGCAAAACCGAGGUCUUCAAAGUACUCCUCGAGCGGCGACGGGCUCUGGUGCCAGCAAGUCAGGAGGAUUCGAGUGUGCUAACAGCUGUUAUCCCCAGCGCCAUUGACUGGAAGAAUAUGACCGUUCUCAAGCUGCUUCUCGACUACGGAGCCGACGUCAACGGCAUUCGUCGUCAGGCCGGACGAAAUGCAUCCGUCGAUCCUCCUGCAAGCCCGUUGGAAUGUGCCGUUGGAGCCGGCGCAUGGGACUUUGUGGAAUUUCUUCUUGAGCGCAAGGCGUCCGUAAAGUCGAGCACUUUGAUGGAAGCUACUAUUCGGCGGGCAAGUAGCGAUGGAGGAAACCCCGAAUGGGCCGUCAAGUUCUUAGACAAAGGCGCCCCUCUUAAUUGGAGGACCAUGACUGACGCCAUGGGUUGUUCUCCGGAGAUGUUCCGGGCUGUAGCAACCCACCGGACAGGCAGACGGCUGUUGCAAAAGAAGGGAGUUCAGAGUCGCGUUGUGGGCAUCGCUGCGACUGUUGGCAAUGUCGACGCAUUGGAACUCUUGCGCACCGAGUUGGGCAUUGAUUUGCGAGAAUAUAAGGCUGCUAUAAUUGGCCAAGCGAGGGAACAUCUCGCUGUUGUUACCCAAUACUUGGCAUCGGUCGGCGUAUGA